CUUCCAACCUCCACUGCCCAAAAAUGAUUUCUCGAACACGAAACACCCCAUAACCAAAUCGACAAGAUGUCAGAAGACGAAAGGUACUGCACAUCAACCCAAUACCGCCUCUGGUCCUUUACACCAGACUCCCUGCUCGCCCUCCGCUCAAGAACGAACCGCCUAGCAGCAGAUCGUGUCCGCGAAGCCGUCCGGCGAGUACGAGAAGCGCGCGCCCUCUCCUCCGCGGACACAAGCGAAGCUGAGAAUGGACGAUCUGCCAGCGCGAUCCCAGAAGGGGAGGUAGACUGCCUGACCGUGGACGAGGAGCUCAAACUCGUUGCUUUCUAUUGCAGGCAGACGCUGUCGCUGGGGGAUCAUUUAAAGGUGCCUACUGACGUCAAGGCUACGGCGAUACAGUACAUCAAGCGCUUCUACAUCACGAACUCGCUCAUGACCUACCACCCCACCGAUAUCCUGAAAACCGCCCUUUUCUUCGCCACGAAGACAGAGAACCACUAUUUCCGCCUCACGAAAUUCGCAGAUGCUAUUGGGGGAACGAAGCCGGAAGAUGUGCUUGCUUCCGAAUUCUUGCUUACGCAGGGGCUGAGGUUUACAUUCGAUGUACGGCAUCCGUUUCGAGCUCUGGAAGGGGCGAUAAUGGAUUUACAGGCGUUAUCGAAGGGUGAUAUACCUGCAUUGCCUAAUGGGGAAGCUGUGACCGGGCCCAGUCCGCAGAAUAUGGAGAAAAGGGUUAGGAAUGCACAUGGCAAGGCAAGGGACUGCCUGAAGACCAGUGCUUUGCUCACGGAUGCCUACUUUCAUUUCACGCCAAGCCAGAUUAUGGUAGCCGCCUUGAUAAAUGCGGAUAGAGACUUGACAGAGUGGUACAUUAAGCUUAAAUUCCCCGCUUCUGCUGGAGCGCCGCAACAGAAGGUUUUGGCCACGGUGGAGAAAUGUGCGGUGAUGUUGAAGGAGAUCGACUCUAGCUCAGAGCCUUCAGCAACAGAAAAGAAGGAGCUCGGGGCCUUAAUGAAGAAGCUUAAGAAGUGCCGGAAUCCAGAGAAGAUGGAUUUGGUUGGGCUGCAGAGGGCGAAGCGCGAAGGGGAAGAGGGCAAUGAUGAAAAGAUUGUGAAGAAGAGAAAACUAGAAAGGGAGCAAUUAACAAAGGAAGGAGAAGUGUUUGGACCGGGUCUCAAGAAGUCGUGAGGGACAAAAUAUGGAUGGUUGGAUACGUGAUUUAGCAAGGCGUCUGGGUCACAAUUGCACAUGGGUGGCGCUUUCUUCAACCUCAAUUUCCUGAGUUGCUGAUGCUUAAUGGACCACCUGAUGUUCGUUUCGCCAUUGUCCCCAAUUCAUCGCGAAACCAUAUUUGCACCUGGCUUCCAUAUCGACAAAGCAGAUUCGAGUUCAAACAUCUGGAACAAUCAGGCUCCAUGAGAAGAAACAUUUCCAUUGAUUUGCUUUAUCCUAUGGUCCUAAGGAUGAGAGAAGCAGGUUGCUAUGUUGCAAGCAUCAAGUGCUUUACCACAACUCGG